GAGACUAGCGGAGUCUGUGGCUCCAUCUAAUUCAUAUUUAACUGCAUUUUUCUCGCCUAUGGGUUUCUUUUUCUCAGGUGCACUCGCCCCGUUGUUAUCUGUGUUCUCCACUGUUUUUAUUUUUCUGGUCAGCUCUGACUGUUUUGUGAUUAUAAUUCCGUUUUUAACGUAAAGAACUUUUUACCUGGAUUAUAUGGAUGUUGCCGUGUUCUUCACUCUGAUAAGGAUACGCGUUGCACGUUACACGUUAAAAAAAUACAACAUAGACAAAGUUUCUGCAGAAAAAAGGUCGAGACGGUAGAGAAGUAUAUGUAUUACGUCGUAUAAUUUGGAUCAGACUAGGACACUACUACAAUCCUCGGAAAAGGGGCCAUAAUCUAAAUUCCGGAUAAAUAGCAUGAAUGUCAUGAACUGGCAACCCAGGACCCUCGGCGUUUGCUACGGUGAAGAGCGCAGGUGCAGCAGAAAUCACCGAAGCGUCGGUUGAUACAGCCGAAGUUGAAGUUUCUUCCUUCUCAGCUGACACUUGCUUCGCAGUGUAAAAUGGAUGAAUGGGAGGAGGAGACUUCCAGUGCCACCCCAGCGCCCAGCUACUUCACUGGCCAAGACUGGUCGACUGAAGACAAGCGCGACUUUGACAAAGGCUCCGGUGGAAGAGGCAGAGGAGGAGGAUUUAAGAGCCCACCUCCAUCAGAUGGUGGCUCUUGGAACAAGAAUGGAGAAAGAGGUGGUUUCAGAGGCAGAGGAGGCCGAGGUCGGGGAUUUGGCAGAACAGAGCGGAAUGACUUUGAUGAGGAUAAUGGAGAGAAGCAGUCAGAUGGCGACUCUUGGCAGAAGAAUGGAGAGAGUGGUGGCUUCAGAGGCCGAGGUCGGGGACUCGGCAGAUCGGAGCGCAAUGACUUUGGUGUGGAUAAUGGAGAGAAUCGAUCAGGACUCCAUGGAGGACGAGGAUUUUCCCGUGAAGGUGGUGAUCAGAGAGGGCGAGGACGAGGCUUUGGAGGAGGUUACAGAGGCAGAGACGAGCUGGAGUCCCCUCGAGGACAAAAUGAUGUGGCGUGUCUGGACGAGGCUGAAAAACCCAAGGUCACCUACGUUCCUCCAACACUCCCUGAGGACGAGGACAGCAUCUUUGCCCAUUAUCAGACCGGCAUUAACUUCGACAAGUACGACGACAAAAUGGUGGACGUGAGUGGGGUCAACCCUCCUCAAGCAAUCAUGACGUUUGAUGAGGCGGCGUUUUGCGAGUCUCUCAGUAGAAACAUCCACAAGUCUGGUUACACCAAGCCGACUCCUGUGCAGAAGCACGGUAUUCCCAUCGUCUCUGCCGGGAGGGACCUCAUGGCCUGUGCCCAGACUGGAUCCGGGAAGACGGCGGCGUUUCUCCUCCCCAUUCUGCAGCAGAUGAUGGCUGAUGGUGUCGCCGCCAGCAGCUUCAGUGAGCUGCAGGAGCCCCAAGCCGUCAUUGUGGCCCCAACCAGGGAGCUGAUCAACCAAAUCUAUCUGGAGGCCAGGAAGUUUGCUCAUGGCACCUGUGUGCGUCCCGUGGUGGUUUACGGCGGAGUUCAGACUGGUCACCAGAUGAGGGACAUCUCCAGAGGCUGCAACGUUCUGUGCGGGACCCCGGGGCGACUGCUGGACAUGAUUGGACGAGGAAAGGUGGGGCUGGCUCAGGUGCGCACCCUGGUGCUGGAUGAGGCGGAUCGCAUGUUGGACAUGGGUUUUGAGCCGGACAUGCGGCGCCUGGUGGGCUCCCCGGGAAUGCCAUCCAAAGAGAACCGUCAGACUCUGAUGUUCAGUGCGACCUUUCCAGAAGACAUCCAGAGGUUGGCAGCUGACUUCCUCAAGACUGACUACCUGUUCCUGGCUGUGGGUGUGGUGGGCGGAGCCUGCACGGAUGUGGAGCAGAAGAUGAUCCAAGUGUCCAAGUUUGACAAGAGGUGGCAGCUUCUGGAAAUCCUGAAGACCACUGGUGAGGAGACUGGCUGCUUGGCUCUGGUUCUAGCUGCUCCACGUGACGUCUUGUUUGCAGGGUCAGAGCGCACCAUGGUUUUCGUAGGAACCAAGAGGAUGGCAGAUUUUAUUGCCGUCUUCCUGUGCCAGGAAAACGUCCCAACCACCAGCAUUCACGGGGACCGGGAGCAGCGGGAAAGGGAGCUGGCCCUGACAGACUUCCGCUCUGGAAAAUGUCCCGUGCUUGUGGCCACAUCUGUAGCAGCCCGAGGUCUGGACAUUCCAGAUGUGCAGCAUGUGGUGAACUUUGACCUUCCAGGCGGCAUCGACGAAUACGUCCACCGUAUUGGGAGAACUGGCCGCUGUGGCAACGUGGGAAGGGCCGUGUCCUUCUUUGACCCGGACACGGAUCGUCAGCUGGCCGGCUCGCUGGUCUCCGUCCUGGCCCAGGCUCAACAAGAAGUGCCCGGGUGGCUGGAAGAGUCGGCCUUCAGUGGACCUGCAUCCUCCACUUUCAACCCUCUGAGGAGCUUUUCUUCUGCAGACUCCAGGAAGUUUUCUAACGGAGCAGGCCCAGCGGUGCAGCCCGCCACUGCAGCUGAGGAUGAGGAAGACUGGGGCUGAAGACGCCUCAGUGAUGCCUCCUGUGUUCGUGUUCGGCGUGACAUGUUUUAUGUUUAUUUGAAGCCUGUUUUUAAGUUCUGUUUGAGAAGAAUCUGUCUCUGAUGAGACGACAUAAACCUGUUCACCAAGAAAACUGUGGUGU